AUGGCUGAUGCGAGUAAUGUCAAUGAGGAGGAUGACGCAACUCGGCAAGAAGCAUUUAACAGUAGGGUUACGGAGGUGGCGGAAGGGGUUAUGCAAGCCCAUCUUCCGCGAUUAGCUCAAGAGGUGGAAAGCCGGGUUUUGGGAGUCGUAGAUGCUAUGAUGACUAGCAAGAUUGAAGAACUGAAAGAACUAUUAGAGGGAUCUAGAAACAAAGGCAAGGAACGAAGGUGCACGUAUAAAGACUUCAUGGCAUGCCAACCCGCAACGUAUGAUGGUAAAAUUGACCCGAUUGCAUGCCAAAGAUGGAUUUCAAAUAUACAAGCGGUGUUUAUUCGAAGUCGUUGUGAUAACGAAGAUAAGGUGAUGUUCGCUACCGGCCAACUCACUUUUCAGGCAAAAGAUUGGUGGGAUGCACACAGUAAAGAGAUAGGCGAAGAAAGGCUCCAAACAAUGACCUGGCAAGAGUUUAAGGAUCCUUUUAUGAAAUAUCACUGCCCUCAGUCAGCCAUUGAUAAGAUUCAAGAGGAUUUCUUACGCCUCCGACAGAGAAACGAAACGAUAAACGAGAUAUCGAACAUUUUCUUGGAUAAGAUGAAGUUUUGUGGAGAGUUUGUGCAAACUGAAAGGAUGAAGAUUAAUCGCUUUUAUGGGGUAUUAAAGGCAGAAUUUAGGGAGUUCAUCACUCCCUCGAAGUGUGAGACUCUUGAUGAGCUAAUCAAUCUAGCGCGGGAUAGAGAAAUCGAAAUCAAGAGGCAAGAAGAACGUGGAGAAAAGAGGCCAAAUGAAAAAGGUGGAAGUUCGACCCCGGCCAAAAAGGGGAAGUAUCAAGAGCAAGGAAGAAAAGAUAAGUCGAAGAGUGGUAUCACGCCGUGCAAGACUUGUGGAAAGCUUCAUACGGGGGAAUGCUUGUUAGGCAAGAAAGGGUGUUACAAAUGUGGUAAGGAAGGGCACUCGUCUUAUCAGUGUCCAAACAACCCGAAGACUUGCUUUCAUUGUUUUGAAAAAGGGCAUGUUAAAUCGGAAUGCCCAAAACUUCAGCAAGAGUCAAAGAAAGAAGAUAAGAAGCAAGAGGGUUCUAGAGCGAAAGGGAGGGUGUUCCAAAUUACAUCCGAAGAAGCCAAGUCUCACCCAAAUGUGAUUUCAGGUAUCUUUUUACUAAACUCCAUACCGGUCUAUGUUCUAUUCGAUACUGGAGCUACCAUGUCAUUUAUUUCGAAUGAAAUUAUACAACAUCCGUCCUUUAAGAUCGAACGAAUGUCAAUGCCUCUAGAAGUAGAAACAGCUGAUAGUAAGAUCUAUAUGCUACAUGAGAUAUGUAGGAAAUGUAAAUUCAUAAUGGAAGAUGAGGAAUUCGAAAUUGAUCUCAUACCUAUGGUUCUAGGAGAAUUUAAAAUGAUAGUGGGAAUGGAUUGGUUGGCACGUCACCGGGUAGAAAUAAAUUGUGAAAAUAAGAUAAUGUCUAUUCAAGCCCCAAGUGGAAGGCAAUUGAGUAUUCAAGGGGAAAGAAACGUAGAAACCAAAUUGUGUAACCUUAUCCAAGCCUUUAAAUACAUACGUAAUGGAGAUAGAGCAUACCUGGCUUAUGUGGUAGACGCUCAGCAAAUUCUCCCGAAGCUUGAGGACGUUGAGGUAGUGAAUGAAUUUCCGGAUGUGUUCCCGGAAGAAUUGCCGGGACUCCCUCCCGAAAGAGAAAUAGAAUUUCGCAUCGAAUUAAACCCGGGUGCAAAGCCAGUUGCGAAGGCUCCCUAUAGACUUGCUCCCACCGAGAUGCGGGAGUUAAUGACACAAUUACAAGAUCUUCUAGAUAAGGGCUUCAUACGCCCAAUCAUGUCUUUUGGAUUGACGAACGCGCCGGCUGCGUUUAUGGAUCUUAUGAACCGGGUGUGCCGACCCAUGUUAGACAAAUCGGUAAUCGUGUUCAUAGAUGAUAUCUUAGUCUAUUCGCGAAGCAAAGCUGAACAUGCAAGGCACUUGCGUGAAGUACUCGAAAUUCUCCGCAAGGAGAAACUUUACGCAAAAUUUUCAAAAUGUGCCUUUUGGCUCAGAGAGGUGCAAUUCCUGGGUCACGUGAUCAAUGCGGAAGGUGUUUUAGUUGAUCCUUCAAAGAUUGAUGCUGUAAUGAAGUGGGUCUCUCCGAAGAACCCAACAGAGAUAAGAAGUUUUCUGGGCCUUGCCGGGUACUAUAGAAGGUUUAUACAGGAUUUUUCGAAGAUAGCCCUACCCUUAACAAAACUGACAAGAAAGAAAGAGAAGUUUGUGUGGGGUAAAGAUCAGGAGGAGGCUUUUCAAAUGUUAAAGGAGAAACUAUCCCGUCCUCCGGUUCUGACAUUACCGGAUGGAACUGAAGACUUGGUGGUCUAUUCAGACGCUUCACACCAGGGAUUAGGCUGUGUCUUGAUGCAAAGGGGAAGAGUCAUCGCUUAUGCUUCAAGACAACUGAAGCCGCAUGAAGUAAACUACCCGACUCACGAUCUAGAAUUGGCAGCGGUAGUGUUCGCCUUGAAGAUUUGGAGACAUUAUUUGUACGGCACGAGAUGCACUAUUUACUCUGAUCAUAAAAGCCUCAAGUAUCUUUUCGAGCAGAAAGAUUUAAAUAUGAGGCAACGGAGAUGGCUAGAACUUAUCAAGGAUUAUGAUUGUGAUAUUCUUUAUCACCCGGGAAAAGCAAACGUGGUAGCCGAUGCGUUAAGCCGAAGAGAGUAUCCGUCUCCUCUUCGUGUAAAGUCCAUGAAGAUGAUUGUUACGCCACGAUUACUUGAAUUGGUACGUGAAUCUCAAAUAAAGUCGCUUGGAGCGGAAGACUUAAAGAAGGAAAGACUAAAAGGUGUAACCGAUAAAUUAGAAGAAAAUUCGACUGGACUCAAAACGCGAUUCGGCCGAAUUUGGAUACCCCGAUUCUGUGAAGUCAAGACUGCUCUACUCGACGAGGCACAUAAGUCACGAUAUUCGGUCCACCCUGGGGCUACAAAGAUGUAUCGGGACUUGAAGGCCAAUUAUUGA